GUUAUGGGCAGAACCACUGCCAAGAGUGAAUCCAACUGGCCAAUGGAUCCACAUUGGAGGAAAAAGGAUGGCGCUCAGAGGGUAGACCCUGGGGCUGGUGGAGAUGCAGGCGAGAAGCACGGUACCUGAUCUAACAAACGUGCUGCAAACCUCAGAAAUGCUACAUCCCUGAAUUUGGGAAACACGCUGAGAAGCCCUAUGACACUUGGAGCCCAAGUGACUACUUGUCUUAUGUAAUUCUCCUUAGAUCAAUGAAACGGAUAUGCUUUUCAAAACCCAAAAUAUGAGACAGGCUUAAAGACAGGCUAACAGUGCAACAUUCCUAAAAAAUAUAUUUAAAAUACCAUACUCAGCCCUUUCCGGCGGUGAUGACCUCCUCAUGAGAACAUGCCUCUCGCAAAGGAUCUUCUUCAUCCCUCUCCAGAAGAGGAGAAGAGGAAACACAAGAAGCGCCUGGUGCAGAGCCCCAAUUCCUAUUUCAUGGAUGUAAAAUGCCCAGGAUGCUAUAAAACCACCACCGUCUUUAGCCACGCACAAACAGUAGUUUUGUGUGUUGGUUGCUCUACUGUCCUCUGCCAGCCCACAGGAGGAAAAGCAAGGCUUACAGAAGGAUGCUCUUUCAGAUGGAAGCAGCACUAAAAGCACCCUGUCUCAAGAUGA